GGAAGUGCGCGGCGCGGGGCGGAAGCGGAGAUGCUGGCGGCGUGAGGCUCAGGACUGUACAUCAGAAGAAGCCAAAAGCCAGCUGGAAUAGUUCUUGAAUACAGUCUUAAUCUUGUUUGCAGUUAUUUCGAAGGGGAGAAAUCAUCUGGAUCAGAAUUAAGAUGCUCUUGUUUCAAGGAAAUAGCAUGCAACUUGCCAGAUCCUCCUUUGGACUCUUCUUGAGAAACUGCUCUGCCGCUAAGACAGCUCUGCCUGUGCUGACCUUAUUCACAAAGGACCCAUGCCCCCUUUGUGAUGAAGCCAAGGAAGUACUCAAGCCUUAUAAACACAGGUUUAUUUUACAGGAGGUAAACAUCACACUUCCAGAAAACUCUGCCUGGUAUGAAAGGUAUAAAUUUGACAUUCCUGUCUUUCACUUGAAUGGCCAGUUUCUGAUGAUGCAUCGAGUAAACGCCUCAAAACUUGAAAAACAGCUCCUGAAACUUGAGCAGCAAAGUGCCGGAGGCUGACUAAUGCCCUCAUGAUUUUCCACCCGCUCUUCCCAUAGGCAUCUUCCUAAGGAAAUAUUUGACCGUGACCUCGUACUCCUUUUGUCACUUACACAGAGCCCUAAGGAUGUUCUGAACUCAGUGGUGCCAAAUAAAUGUUGACAUUCCUCUUUUGGUUGAUGGAAGUAUCAGUGUGGGAACUCUUUACUUAUUGGCAUUUUAUAAAAUAAGAGGAGCAUAUUGGCAGGGAGGGGGAUGACGGAGGGAGGAAGAAGUCCAUUUGUCUUAUUUAUCCUUUUCGUAUUAAUAGAGAAGCACUUCUCAUUCACUGGGCAAUGCCGUUUAUAGGAAGAAGGCUCUGCAUUUCUGCUGCUGCCCCGGAGGGCUUAACUUUUUAAUGAAAGAAUAAAUGCUCUUCCACUCAGUAGAUAAAGUGAAAUGUGAAUUGUUAAUAACCGUGCAUGGUCAAUAAAAGGAUGUUUUAAGGAAUA